AUGAAUAAAAUUCACCCUGGAAUAAUUAAUAUGUAUAUAUAUAAAGAUUGCUCUAUUCAGGGAAAUAUGGCUCAAUCGGGUGCAAUCCAAAUGUGGAACCACCUUCGGGUAAUUCAAGCCCAUUUGGUUAAUAAUCACCCGUGGUGCAAAAACCUUUAUAAUUACCUGCUCAAGUAUCCUGCAUCCCUUGCUACAUCUUCUAUCCCUUUACCAAGACCUGCACUGUGCCGAGCUUACAUAAAUUGGCCCAAUUUACAUAUAUUUAAUUAA